AUGUCUGCCGCCGCAUUCACUAUCUCCAAGAAGAGAAAAUUCGUCGCUGACGGUGUUUUCUACGCCGAGUUGAACGAGUUUUUCACUCGUGAACUUUCCGAGGAGGGCUACUCCGGCUGUGAAGUCCGUGUCACUCCUGCCCGUUCGGAGAUCAUCGUCCGCGCCACUCACACCCAGGAUGUUCUUGGAGAAAAGGGACGCAGAAUCCGUGAACUUACCGCUUUGGUCCAAAAGCGUUUCAAGUUCGCUGAGAACACUGUUGAAUUGUAUGCCGAGAAGGUUCAAAACCGUGGUCUCUGUGCCGUCGCUCAAUGCGAAUCCCUUCGCUACAAGCUUUUGGCUGGUUUGGCUGUCCGCCGUGCUGCCUAUGGUGUUCUCCGUUACGUUAUGGAAGCUGGUGCUAAGGGUUGCGAAGUUGUCAUCUCUGGUAAGCUUCGUGCUGCUCGUGCCAAGUCUAUGAAGUUCGCUGAUGGUUUCAUGAUUCACUCCGGUCAACCUGCCGUUGACUUCAUUGACUUCGCUACUCGUCACGUUCUUCUUCGUCAAGGUGUUUUGGGUGUCAAGGUUAAGAUUAUGUUGCCUGAACCCAAGACUCGUGCUAAGAAGACUCUUCCUGACGCAGUCGUCGUUUUGGAUCCCAAGGAAGAGGAGCCCAUCACCAAGCCUUACACUGUCAUCAACCAACCCGCUGAAGCUGCCGCUGCUGCUGGUCAAGAAGUUGUUGCUGACCAAGAAGCUGCUGUUGCUUACUAA